AUGGCAAACUCAGAAGACACGCCCCACAAGCCUCACGCAAUCUUCAUCCCCUACCCGCUUCAAGGCCACGUGACCCCAUCUGUACAUCUAGCCAUCAAGCUAGCAUCAAGAGGCUUCACCAUCACCUUCAUCAACACCCAAUACAUCCACCACAACAACUCCAGAGCCAAACCCAAAACCAACACCAACGAUGACAUCUUCUCCUCCGCCCGUGACUCUGGCCUCGACAUACGCUACACCACCGUCUCCGACGGCCUUCCCGUGGAGUUCGACCGCUCGCUCAACCACGACCAGUUCAUGGCGGCCUUGUUGCACGUAUAUUCGGCACAUGCGGAGGAGGUGGUGGAGAAGAUUGUGAGGUCGGCAAAGCCACGAGUUUGUUGUCUGAUUGCGGACACUUUUUUCGUUUGGCCAUCAAUGAUAGCUAGGAAGUUUGGGCUGUCUUAUGUUUCUUUCUGGACAGAGUCUGCUUUGGUCUUCACCUUGUAUUAUCAUCUCAAUCUUCUUAGGCUUAAUGGUCAUUUUGGUUGUCAAGAUGUUCGAGAGGACCCCAUAGACUACAUACCAGGUGUCCAAGCCAUGGAUCCAAAGAACAUGACCUCAUAUCUUCAAGACACCGAUACAUCAACUGUAUGCCACCAAAUAAUCUUCAGGGCGUUUGAGGAUGCUAGAAGUGCUGAUUUUGUUCUAUGCAACACAGUAGAGGAGCUUGAACCUGAGACCAUAUCAGCUCUACAAGCAAAAAUGCCAUUCUAUUCCAUUGGGCCAAUUUUCCCAUCUGGGUUCACCAAGAGCAAUGUGGCCACGAACCUAUGGUCCGAGUCAGACUGCACCCAAUGGCUCAACAAUAAGCCUCGUGGGUCGGUCUUGUAUGUCUCAUUUGGUAGCUAUGCCCAUGUUUCAGAAAAGGACCUUAAAGAAAUAGCCAAUGGCCUUUCACUUAGCAAAGUGAACUUUGUUUGGGUACUCCGGCCUGAUAUUGUGAGCUCUGAUGAUGCUGAUCCAUUGCCCGUUGGAUUUAGAGAGGAAGUUGCUGACCGUUCGAUGAUCAUACCUUGGUGUUGUCAGAACACAGUGUUGACCCACCCGGCAAUCGGAGGGUUCUUAACACAUUGUGGGUGGAACUCGAUAUUAGAAAGUAUUUGGUGUAAAGUCCCAUUACUAUGCUUUCCUUUGCUGACUGAUCAAUUCACUAAUCGCAAAUUAGUGGUUGAUGAUUGGAAGAUUGGGAUUAACCUAUGCAACAGAAAGUUAAUCACUAAGGAGGAAGUUUCAAACAAUGUUAAACGUUUGAUGAGUCCGCUAGGGGAGGCAAAUAAGAAAGCAAUCAGCCAGGUUGGGAACACAUUGGAGAAUGCAUUGAAACCAAAUGGAUCAUCUGAGAAGAAUAUGGGCAAGUUCAUCAAAGAUCUAAAGGCUAAGACAGGGGCGGCUUGA